AUGCUUGUCCUGGAGGAACAGCGGUACAUCCAGGAGGAUCUCGAGCGCCUCGAGCAGGCUAUCGCUGAUCGCGUUCGCGACGAGCCAAAGCACGUGAGUACAGAGCGUGUAGCAUUCCCUGGUAACACCCGCUUAUUGAAAUACAAGAUUCGCGAUCGAUUGAACCGUGACCAUGAAGUUGCGCAACUGCUCGACCAGAUCCAGUCGCAAUCCAAACUUUUGCUAGACGUUUACAAAGACGAGAAUGGCACCCGCGCGCAAGAAAUCCAACAAAUCGGCACCAGUGACCCGUUUGCAGAAUUCUAUAAACAGGUCGACGACAUUCGAACCCACCACGCCCGGUAUCCGAACGAGCAAGCAGAAAACUCAGAGCAGCGAUACCGUUCGCGACGGCCGGACGAUGUCGACAUGCCCUCCAUUGUCGACACCAUUUUCAGUGGCGAAGAAGCCUUUGGCCGCUUCUUUGACCUGAACUCGUGCUACGACGCCUAUCUCAAUCUCCCCAACGUAAAGCGAUCCAACUAUCUACAGUACCUCGAAUUUUUCGACCAUUUUACGCCUGGGCAGGGAGGGCUGAAGAGAGCGGACAAGAUGACGAACCAAUACUUCAGCUACGUCGGCGGCCUGGCAGACUACUUGGAAGGUUUCAUGCGCCGGACACGGCCUCUCGAAGACGUGGACAAGACUCUAUCCUCAUUCGACGACGAAUUCGACGAGCAGUGGCAAAAGGACGAAGUGGAAGGGUGGCAAAACGAUACCCCGGCAAACGGAAGCUCCAACAAUCUCAGCUCUCCCGACGCAGUAUGGUGCGAAGACUGUGAAAAGGAGUUCAAAAACGAAAACGUAUACAAGAACCACCUGACAGGCCGAAAGCACAUCAAGGCUGCCGAGCAGAGGAAGGCGAGGCAGAGCGAGUCUGGUGGCGACGCUACCGGCACAACAGCAGUCUCAGCAACGCGACUCAAGGAGCGCGCCAUCGCCCAGCGUGAGAACCGCGUUAAGCGUCUGACCAGCGCCAUGAGCACCGAGCGCGGCGACACGAGAGUUAAUGUGGAGCGCAAGCAAGGCAUGACGGAGCGUGAGCGCCAGCAAGAAUUAGAGAACCUCUUCAAGGUCAGCGAGGAGCCGCGUCAGCCCGUCGGUGACGGCGAGGAUGACGAAGACGAAGAUGACGACAAGAUCUACAACCCGCUGAAGCUACCGCCGGGCUGGGACGGCAAGCCGAUCCCGUACUGGCUGUACCGCCUGCACGGCCUCGGCGUCGAGUUGCCGUGCGAGAUUUGCGGCAACUACGUGUACAUGGGACGGCGGGCGUUUGACAAACACUUCAACGAGGCACGCCACGCGUACGGCCUCAAGUGUCUCGGCAUUUCCAGCACGGCACUGUUCAGAGACAUCACCGACAUCAAGGAGGCUCUGAAGCUCUGGGAUAAGAUCCAAAAGUCGGAGAAGAAGGCCAAGGUGGAUGAGGGGAGCGUCGUGCAGAUGGAGGACGGAGAGGGCAACGUCAUGCCUGAGAAGGUGUAUUACGAUUUGCAGAAGCAGGGUUUGCUGUGA